AUGGAAGUGGAAGGGAGGCGUGAGCAGGGUAAGCCAAGGAAGGGGCGAGUUUGCAGCAGCCUCUGGCUGGAGAGCUGCCCAGCCGCCAGGACUCAGACCUCCACGGUGGACCUGAGCGCCCAGCCCUGCAGGAGCCUCUCUGGUGUGGGAGUGGGGACACCACGGCUUUCCCCGCAAGGACAGAGAGGCCACCUGCACUCCCGGCGCCGCCACCGCACCACCUUCAGCCCCGCACAGCUGGAGCAGCUGGAGUCAGCCUUUGGGAGGAACCAGUACCCCGACAUUUGGGCCCGAGAGGACCUGGCCCGGGACACCGGUCUCAGCGAGGCCAGAAUCCAGGUCUGGUUCCAGAACCGCAGAGCUAAGCAGAGGAAGCAAGAGCGGUCACUGCUCCAGCCACUGGCCCAUCUGUCUCCUGCCACCUUCUCUGGUUUCUUGCCCGAGUCCCCUGCUUGCCCCCACUCCUACUCCACACCAUCGCCACCGGGGACCUGCUUUCCUCACCCCUACAAUUAUGCUCUUCCCUCUCAGCCCUCCACAGGUGGUUCCUUUGCUCGACCCCACCAGUCCGAAGACUGGUACCCCACCUUGCACCCAAACCCCGCUGGUCAUCUUCCCUGUCCUCCACCCCCACCCAUGCUUCCUCUCAGCCUUGAGCCACCAAAGUCCUGGAACUGA